GCUGAACGCAAGCGCACAUCAACUGUGGCUGUCAGGCUCUCCCUCCCGCUGAUGUGGUGGUGACUACAACACGCUCUACACACGGACUCUGGGGUCGCUCUCCUACAGCUCUCCGAGACUCAUCGUAUCGGGACUCAGAGGAUGGAAAAUACUGGAUACAACGAGAAAGUUUGAGUGUUUCAACAUUAUUUACAGAAGGACUGAGUCGAUCAGGAGAGAAACCAUUAGGAUGGCUGCGCACAUCAGCACGCCAGGCAGCCGAUUGAACACCAAACUAAAAUAAAUAGAAAGUAACAAAUCCUCAAUGGCUGAAUUUGGACAGAAAAACGCAGCGAAUCCACCGGUUGCUGGUUGGAAAUCCGCGCCAGGAAACGGAAUUAAACUGGACAGGCACAGAGAAGAAAGGGUGUCGAACGGAAACUGUAGUACUAUGUCAGAGAGCCCGAAAAGGAACCAAAAUGACUCCAACAAACACGCGUCGCCGACAUCGACCGACAGGCAGGGACUGGAUGCCUCAGAAGACAUCCCGCGACGGAGUAGUCUCAUUAAGGGUGGUUCCCGUGGCGCCCGGGAGAGGAAGAAGACGGUGUCCUUCAGCAGGAGCCUGUCUGAGAGGAAGAUCAGCGGUGCUGCCGACUGUAUUCACUCCAUGGUGGAGGGCAGUGAACUGCGGAAGGUGAGGCCCAGCUCCAGGGUCUACCCACGCUACUACCUUCUGGACGCUGGGCUCCAGACCCUGUGCUGGGAGCCCUCCAAGAAGGAGUCGGACAAAGCCCGCAUCACCCUGCCGUCCAUUCGGGAGGUACGGACGGGCCGCAACACGGAGAUUUUCCGUACCAGCGGGCUCUACGAGCAAAUCUCGGAGGACUGCGCCUUCUCCAUCAUCUACGGGGAGACGUACGAGAGCCUGGACCUGGUGGCCAACUCUGCAGAGGUGGCCAACAUCUGGGUGUCGGGCCUCCGGUACCUGUUGCAGUACGGAAAGCACGCCCUGGACAUGAUCGCCACCAGUCGAGACAGCCUGCGCCUCGGCUGGCUGGAGCGGCUCUUCUCCUCGGGGGUCCGGAAGGACGAGUUGAGGGGGCGGGCGGACGACGCGGAGCCCGUGGUCCCCCUGCCGGCCGCCAUCGCGCUCAUCCAGAGCGUGAACCCCGCCGUGAGCGCGUGCAGAGCCGAGCACCGCUUCCACGAGGCCCUGAGGGUCCGCGGGAGGACGGGCGAGACGCCGGGGGUCCCCGAGCCGGUGAAGGAGAGCCGGUGGAAAGGCGGCAAGGGGAGCAAGAAGCCCGCGGGCCAGCAGGUCGCCAAGCAGGAGUUCAUCGAGGUGUUCCACGACCUCUGCACCCGUCCCGAGAUCUACUUCCUGCUGGUGCAGUUCGCGAGCAACAAGGAGUUCCUGGACACCAAAGACCUGAUGAGGUUCUUGGAGGCGGAGCAGGGCAUGGUUGAUGUGAGCGAGGAUGCCAGCCUGGAGGUCAUCCAAUCCCACGAGCCGUCGGAGGAGGCUCGGCAGCAGGGCUGGCUGUCAUUGGACGGCUUCACCAACUACCUCAACUCGACGGCGUGCCACCUGUUUGACAGCGAGCACAGCGCCGUGUGCCAGGACAUGAGCCAGCCCCUGUCCCACUAUUACAUCAACGCGUCCCACAACACGUACCUGAUCGAGGACCAGCUCCGCGGGCCCUCCAACCUGUCCGGGUACGUCCGGGCCCUCAAGAUGGGCUGCCGCUGUGUGGAGCUGGAUGUCUGGGACGGCCCCGGGGAGGAGCCUGUGGUCUACACGGGACACACCCAGACCCCGCCGCUGGCCUUUCCGAGCGUCCUGGAAGUGAUCGGGCGGUUCGCGUUCGUGGCGUCCGAGUAUCCGUUGAUCCUGUGCGUGGAGAACCACUGUUCUCUCCGGCAGCAGCGCGUCAUGGGGACGCAUCUGGUCCAGAUCCUCGGGGAAUGGUUGCACACCGACCCCCCCUCCGAGGGGGAAUGGUACCUUCCGUCGCCGGACUCGCUGAAGCGUCGGAUCCUGCUGAAGGCGCAGAAGUGCGGGCCGGGAUCGGAGGCAGCGGACGGGGAGGUGAGCGAGGAGGACGAAGGCGAGGAGAUCGGUCGGAGGAUAAGAGCGGACAAAAACAGCAGUUUGCGGGAGAGCUCCGACGGCGGCAGCGAAAGAGAACCGGGACAGAAGAGCCUGCCGGGCUCUCCCGUCUCCGCCCUCACUCCUCCGCUCUCCCCGCUGCUCCCCCCCCCUCCUAAGCACCACCCGCUGCUGAAGGAGCUCUCCGACCUCGUGUCGCUCUGCCGCUCGGUGCGCUUCGCAGACUUCCAGACGUCGUCGCGGAGCCAGAAGCCCUGGGAGCUGUGCUCCUUCCACGAGGCGCUGGCGGUGCGCCUCGCCUGCGAGAGCCCCGGGGACUUUGUGAACCACAACAAGCGGCUCCUGUCCCGGGUGUACCCCAACCCCAUGCGCGUGGACUCCAGCAACAUGAACCCCCAGGACCUCUGGAAGUGCGGGUGCCAGAUCGUGGCGAUGAACUACCAGACGGCCGGUUUGAUGAUGGACAUGAACACGGCCUGGUUCAGGCAGAACGGGAGCUGUGGGUAUGUGCUGCGUCCGGCCAUCAUGAGGCAGGAGGUCUCCUAUUUCAGCGCCAACACCAGAGAGAUGGUGCCCGGUGUGGCGCCGCAGCUGCUCCACGUGAAGGUGAUCAGCGGGCAGAACCUGCCCCGGCCCCUGGGCUCGGGGGCCAAGGGGGACGUGGUGGAGCCCUACGUCUACGUGGAGAUCCACGGCAUCCCGGCCGACUGCGCCGAGCGCCGCACCCGCACCAUGACCCAGAACGAGGGGCACCCCAUCUUCGACGAGAGCUUUGAGUUCCAGAUCAACCUGCCCGAGCUGGCCAUGGUCCGCUUCGUGGUGCUGGACGACGACUUCAUCGGCGACGACUUCAUAGGUCAGUACACCAUCCCCCUGGAGUGUGUCCAGCCGGGCUACAGGCACGUCCCGCUGCAGUCGCUCACGGGCGAGGAGCUUCCGCACGCCCGGCUCUUCGUCCACGUGGCGCUGUCCAACCGCCGGGGCGGGGGCAAGCCUCAGAAGAGGGGUCUGUCGGUGCGCAAGGCCCGGAAGGGGCGGAGCUACGCCGCGCUGAGGGACCUGGGCGUCCGCGCGGUGGACGAGGUGUUCAAGACUGCCGCCCCUCUGCUCAGAGAGGCCACGGACCUGAGGGAGAACAUGCAGACCUCGGUGGUGGUGUUCAGGGAGCUGUGCGGGGUGCCGGCGGUGGCCAACCUCAUGCAGUGCGUGCGGGGCCUGGCCUCCUGCGUGGCGGGGCCCGACGGGAGCCCCCUGCUGCUGUUCGACCUGCGCGACGACUACCCCGCCCUAGAGCCCCAGGGGCCCCUCCCCGACGUGCUGCGGAAGGUGGUCUCCGCCUUCGAGAUGAUGGUCCAGGCCAGCCGAGCUGUGGUCGAGCUGUCUGACGGAAUCUAUGAGAGGAUCCUUCACAUACAGACCACAGCCAUGGAGUACCAUGAGAAGCUUCAGGAGCUGGUGGUCCGAGAGGGCCAGAGGGGUCGCAAGGUCAGCCGGGCGCUGGAGAGCUUCAGCUGGAACAUCACGCUGCUCAAGGGCCAGGCAGACCUGCUGAGGCAGGCCAAGGCGGAGGUGCGUGAGAACAUGAAGCAGGUCCACUGCGCCGCUCUCACCAGCAGCCUGACCAAGAAGGGCUCGGCCGUGGGGCCGGGGGGGGGCAGCCUGGGCCGCACCCGCUCGCUGCCCCAGUGCCGCCAACCCCUCACCGCCCCCGUCGGCGCCUCCACCCCCGGCCCCACCAGGGGGAGAGGGCCGUUGCCGUAGCAACACCCCCCCCCGCACACCACAUACUCAACACACACACACACACCACCCCCCCCCCCCUGAGUACUUAACGGCAGCAGUAUAUUAGUAGUUAUGGUUGAUUACUGAGGGGGGGGGGGGGGGGGGGAGAAGAUAAUAGGACAUCAGCAUCUUCGUGUCGGCAGUCACAAGCCAUAGAGACGAUAGCCAUAUUAUUGUGUAUGUUGCCACGGAAACUGUACCUGCGAUGCUUUAUCUCUCUGAAUAUAGAGACUAUUAAAAACUGUUCACCUGAUGGUAAUCUCUCAUGGUAGGAGAGCCACUGUCCAAAAUAAGAACAUUUUAAGUCAGCCCGUUGAGAAUAAAUGUACUGAUUGUUGUGAAAAUGUAAACAAUGGCUUUGUUGAUCGCCCCUUCAGAGCAAUGGAGUCGUAUCUUCGUAUACCCCCCCCCCCCCCCCCCCCCCCCACACACUGUUGCGCUUCAGCAAGUACAGAAAGUGAAGUGGCAAAGUCAUCCUUCUGGCCAUGCUCAGAACGACACAAGUCUCAGAAGUGGCGAACCCACUUGUGAUUUGACAUGUUCACUGUCUGAGUUCCUCUCAGCUGUAAGGUUUAGAGCUGGCACAUAAGACUCUCAGUGGGUGAGCCGCAUCAAGCAUUUUAAAGACUGUGCCGGGAAUCCAAUGUGAAACCACUCUGGUUUUAGUUUCGGCUGAACAAAAUGUGGUUAACAGUAUGCAAAUUAUUAUAAAUGUGACUUUCUGGUGACGUUUCUCAAUGCAUUGAUAUCGGGUUGCAUCCAAUUGUUGCACAAAAAAUAAUUGAACAAAAAAAAAGGUACCAAAUGAUUCUAUUUUUUCUAAAUUCACAUAAAUUGAGGACCUCUACCGAGGUCUGCCUAUGGGGAACUAGACCUUGCACCGAGAUCGAGAUUGCUGUCCCACAGUCACCAAGUUAUUCUAUUUUUUUGUAGACAAAGAACAUAUACAUAACUUAUUUGUAAUAGAUAAAUGGUUCAAUGUACCGUCAUGUGUACGUGAAAGGUUAUAUUGUCAUCAUCUGCACCCAGUCUGUACGGAAAUAAACUAGCUUUUAAGUA